AUGACCCUAGGUCAGCCAUGGCGCACAGCUGUAGCAAUAACCGCGGUGGCUCUUGCUCGCCUUGCGGCUGCAGAUAUCUGCUCGGUGAUCAAGCAACAGGGCAUAGAGAUUCAAAAGCCGCUGAGUCUCGACUACAAUAAGGACCUGACGAGAUAUUGGUCUGCUGCCUGUGGAGACCUGAAGCCGACAUGUAUCGCUGCUCCUUCGAGCGCCCUGGAGAUGUCGGCGAUUGUGAAGCAACUGCACAAUUUCGACGACCUCUUCGCCGUGAAGUCGGGCGGACAUAUGCCGAACAAUGGCUUCGCCAGCAUUCAAGAUGGCCUUCUCAUCUCGACCAAGAACCUUGAUCAAGUUAUCUACAAUCCCGAAGACCAGACUGCUAUCGUAGGUCCUGGACUUUCGUGGGAAGAGGCUCAGAAAGGUCUCGAUGGUACUGGUCGGGCACUCGUCGGUGGACGUCUUGGUGGCGUGGGCGUUGGAGGAUAUAUGCUCGGAGGCGGGUUGAGCUUUCUGAGUUCGCAGUAUGGCUGGGCAGCCAACAAUGUGGUCAACUUUGAAGUGGUUCUUGCCAGUGGAACCGUUGUCAAUGCCAACGCGAAGGAGAAUACCGAUCUCUUCGCGGCUCUUAAGGGAGGCGGUAACAACUUUGGCAUUGUUACUGCAUACACUCUCCAGACACAUCCUCAAGACCAUAAGGUAUGGGGAGGAAACUAUAUCUUUACAGCCGAUAAGACGCCUCAAGUUUUGAGCGCCCUUCGUGACUUCACCGAACAUUAUCCCGAUGACAAGGCCGCCAUUAUUGUGACUUGCGAGCAUGGCUUGUUGAUCCACACCUGGAUCAUGUUCCUCUUCUACGACGGGCCUGAGCCACCCGAGGGUGUUUUUACCAACUUUACAGCAAUCGGACCUACCGAUACUACUAAAACCUGGGACAGCUACUAUGACCUGCUUAAACACAACGAUAUCUUCAUUCUACACGGCCAGCGUUAUACUAUUGCUACUGAGACCACUCCGUUGCCGAACAAGACCGUCGGCGCAGACGUCAUGCAAAGAUACUACGACCACUGGUUUAAUGUGACAAACACUGUACUUGAAGUGCCCAACAUGCUCGGGUCCAUUGCAUUCCAGCCAAUGCCUCGGACUAUCACCAGCAAAGCAAAAGCUAGAGGAGGAGAUCUUCUCGAAUUCCCCACAGAUCAAGACUAUAUUAUCAUUGAGCUGGACUUCUCCUAUGCUUUUGCAGCCGACGAUGCCAAGAUUGAUGCUGCCAAUCAGUAUCUCUACACCGGCUUUGACAACAUUAUCAGCGACAACAUUGACAAGGGACUGUUGCCUGAUGUUUACCGGCCACUCUUCAUGAACGAUGCGUACUUCCGACAGGACUACUGGGGUCGUAUCCGCACCAAGGAGCAAGCAUUGCAAACCAGGAUCAAGUAUGAUCCAGAUGGAUUCUUCCAGAAGAGGACCAGUGGAGGAUUCAGGCUUCGUUAA